AGCGCGCGCAUGUGCUUAGGCAGCGGCAUUCCGGUAAACUGCACUCAGUCUCAAGCACGCGCGCUAACAGCGACGUGGAGUGAAAGCUUUCGGGGUGCUCUCUCUCUCUCUCUCUCUCUCUCUCUCUCUCUCUAAGGAAACUACGACAGGAUCGGAGCAAAAGCGCUUCGUGGUGAACUUGUAUCUGUGCGCAAACGCGGACUCACGCGCCUCCAAACAGCGGAGGUUUGUUUGUUUGUUUGUUUGUUUGUUUGUUUGUUUUCCCCACGGAAUUGACAGUUCAACGUACUAAACGUACCACCUUGGAUCCGUGACCACGUUUAAACUCAUAUACGACAAAAAAAAAAAAAGAAACACCUUUUGGAGACACGUGUUCUUAUAUAAUCCGAUCGCCUAUGCAACUGGGGACGGUUUGGUGCGCUGCUCUUGUUGCUCUGUGCUUUUUUCUUCUUUAGCCUGUUUGCGUCAUGACUUCUAGCUAUGCGCAUGUAAUGGACAGACGAGCCGUGGCGGUGCCCAGCAGACUGGAGAGCCCCAUCACAGCCAACGUAGACAACCUGCAGGCCAAAAAGAACUUCUCAGUGAGUCACCUGUUGGAUCUGGAAGAAGCAGGGGAAAUGGUGGGCGCGCAGACGGAUGAGAGCGUGGCGGAGACGGGCAGGACCAUGCUGGAGUCUCCGGGUCUGACCAGCGGAAGCGACACGGCGCAACCGGAGAAUGAACAGUUGAACUCAGAGGAAAAGAAGAAGCGUAAGCAGAGGCGGAACAGGACCACGUUUAACAGCAGCCAACUGCAGGCGCUGGAGCGAGUGUUUGAGAGGACGCACUACCCUGACGCCUUUGUGCGAGAGGAUCUGGCCCGUAGGGUCAAUCUCACCGAGGCCCGAGUGCAGGUCUGGUUUCAGAACCGACGAGCAAAGUUCCGCCGUAACGAGCGGGCCAUGUUGGCCAGUAAGAAUGCCUCGCUCCUCAAAUCCUACUCAGGAGAUGUAACGGCAGUGGAGCAGCCCAUCGUGCCUCGUCCUGCCCCACGUCCCAAUGACUACCUAUCCUGGGGCAGCGCCACCCCUUACAGCUGGUUUCCGAGUUCGGAGGGAGGGCCAGUGCGAGUGCCACAGAAAAUGCUGCCCACAGAAAGCAACACAAUGGCAACCUACCCACCCACUUGUGCCAACACCACUUCCACCCAGGGAAUGAACAUGGCCAACAGCAUUGCGAACCUAAGACUAAAAGCCAAGGAGUACAGCCUCAACCAGGUCCCCACUGUUAACUGAGACGAGGGGGUGAGAGAGUAAAGAAGAAGGGAGGAUGGAAAUGAAGAAGAGGAAGUCUCAAAGGAGUUGGAUGACUUAGAAGACCUUAAAGAACAGGACAAAUUAGUCUGAGAUUCCUCUACAAAACUCCAGCGGGAACGGACCAGUCCUACCCUCCUUCUGGAAUUAUGGUCCCUCCCCCCUCCCCUCCUACGAUGGCUUUUUUUUUUUUACCAUCUUCAUCACUGCUGAUGAGAUGAAUGUAGUUACUUUUCUGAGGAAAUGAAACCCUGGACUAAUGUGGAGACUGCAAGGCAGACAUAGUGUCUGGAUGAUUUAACACCCCAACUCCCAUACGCGGCCACCCCCCAGCCUUUUUUUUCUUUCAUUUUUUUGUGGCUUAAAUUUGAGUCAACUGAAUCUUCAAAGAAUCCAGCGGAUGAUGAUUGUAGUUUGCAUAAAGUUUGAAUUCACACAGGACCUGGACGAAAAGGUUUAUUUGCUGGAAACGUGGAUUAGAUGUGAAUGACCAAUCCACCUGAACUCAAAAACGCUAAAGGAAGCUGAAAGAACAUCGACAUCCCAAACAGCUAACCAUAUUGUGUUCAAUGAGGACAUGAAGGUCAUGUCUUAAAUACAUUUCAUUCUAUAUAACCUACUGUACCACUGACACGUAGCUGUUGGUUCAUGGUGAUAAAUGUAACUUCUCAUACUAACACAAAUGUAAUUAGUUUUUCAAGGACAAAUUAUACUUCCUGUUGUUUUUUAAUCUGUAUGCCAUUUCAUAAUUGCAAAGCAUAUGGGAAUAAAGAGACUUGCAUUUCAA